AUGGCUGAUAGGCUACUGGAAAAGGCCAGGCCAGAAUUAAGAACAGCUCUAGCACCCUUAGAGAUUAAUGAUUUUGAAAAAAAUAUGCACAAAUUGCAAAUCAUUGCUAGAAGAAUGAGAGAAGAAGAAGCUGAGAAGAGGAAGGACUCUUAUACAAGGUCCAUUCCAUUCAUGAGACCAAUAGGAGGAAUCGGUAAGAAGAAUACCUACAUCUUUAACAGCUCAAAGAAGUGGUUUAAUCAACCCCCAAGGAAUCAAUCUGGUAGAUCUUUGAGGAGUCAAUUCAGUGGACCCUUGAGGAGUCAAUUCAAUGAACCUCAGAGGAGUCAGUGCAUCAAGGAAAUUGCAUUAUCUGCUUCAAGUACGGGAAACCGAGGCCACAUUUUUAGAUUCUGUGAGGAAUGCUCGCAAGGGGUCAAUUAUACCAGAACUGUUGUCCCAGGAAGAGUGUUUGCUUUAUCUCAACAAGAAGCUGACGCUGCCCCUAAUUUGAUUAAAGCUAUUCUUAAACUCCAAGGCUUUGAAACUCAAGCUUUAUUUGAUUCUGGUGUGACACACUCAUUUAUAUUUGAUGAUUAUGUGUCUCGUUUAAAUAUGCAUACGUAUGAAUUGCCUUGUGAUGUGAUUGUUUCUACACCAGCAGGAGUCUCGGUGAAAACUUCCAAAGCAUGCUUGAAUCAUAUGAUUGAAUUUGAGGGUAGGACUUCCACUGUAGAUCUUGUUUGUCUACCCUUAAAGGGUAUUGACUUAAUUGUAGGAAUGGAUUAG